UAACUAUCACAUCACAAUCAUUACAUCCACGACCUAAUGAAGCUAUCUCGUCCCACUGAAGCUUGUUUGUUUUUUCGCCGUUGUCUUCUUGUUUCGCAAUAUCACAUGAUGCGUAACUCUGCAAUUCUUUUGAUUGAUAUCGGUUAUGAGGGGUCUUCUUCUUCGCACAGUUCCAAGUUUCUCGCUUUUCAGCAUUCUUGCACAUCUUUCUAUUCAAAGCUGACAAAAUGGCGAAGAAUAUGGAGAACACUAGUUAUCGCAAAAUAGAUGUGGAUGCGUAUGAUCCAGAGAAUUACGACGAAAACGAGGAUGGAGUUCAUGCAAUUCACUGGUAAACUCCUCGUAGAAAGAUCGGGACUGGGUGCGCGUAGUACUGUCAAGGAAAACGAAUAUUUUUGCCAUUGCUACGUGCGCAGUGACGGCUUAGCAGCGGUCUCCGUUACGGAUAGUGAAUACCAGGCACGCGUUGCCAUGAGCAUGAUGACUAGAGUGUUGGACGACUUCACAUCUAAAGUUCACCCUACUCAAUGGGCGCAGAUAAAGUCAGACAAAGACUGCAUGUAUACAACUCUUCCGGAGUUGCUUGCCAAAUGGCAAAAUCCGCGGGAAGCGGAUCCUAGUAACAUCCUGAACUAUAUCGCUGAACGAAGCUCUAUGCGGAAUAAGCCAGGAGACAUCAUAACCCCAGAUUGUAUUCGUGGUAUAAUCGGAGAAGGUAUGCCGCAAAGGCGACAUCAUGAUCUUCGUGGAAAUCUUUAUGUAAAGUUUGAUGUAGCCUUCCCAAAUGAUCACUUUUUGGAAGACGACACGAAGUACAAGAUGAUUGCCGCAUUCCCACCAGUCAGGAAAGUUGCAUAUCCGUCGAAUUGUGAAGAGGUGUCUUUGAUGGAAUACGAUGAGAAGCGGUAUCGUGGCGACAGAGGAGGAGGACAAGCUUAUGAAGAAGACGGAUCGGAUGAAGAAAUGGGUGGUCAUCACGGGCCUCAGGUGCAAUGUGCACAAAGCUAGAGUCAUUCUCAAAUCUUCUCGUUUUUUUCUUAUUUUUCCUCUCGAAUCAUUUGGCGAUACUAUGCUUGAUUGUGAUCUUUAGAUACUAAUGACUUGGUGAAAUUGUAUUCAGUAGUUAUUCGAAUGAAUGUGCUGUUCAACGCUGUCCUGAAAACAUUUGCUGUAAAUGAA